AUGACUUUUUCAGCUGUUAAUAGAUUUUGGAUUUGCAAAACUAAAGCAUGGAAAAAUAGAACUGUAACCUGUCUAAAUUCAACUCUACAACCACACAUACCGGCUUCUAGUUUGGGGUCAUUACCUGAUGAAAUUCUAGUUCUAAUCAUAGAUCACUUGAAUCAGCUUAAUGUGUUAGAGCUAUGUCUUGUCAACUCGAGGUUUCAUGCUUUAUGUAUGAACAAAUUAUUCAAGAAAGCUUUGAUUGUCCCAUGUAUAAGCGAUGCCAUAAUUCAUCCAAAAUUGGAUACAUCUAUAUAUAGAAAUUUCACAAUUGUAAGUAACAAUAAAGUUUGGCCUCGUGAAAAGUUUCAUGUUCGUAUUUUAGAAGGUAGAGAAGUUAUACGUCAAACUAAUGAGAAAAUAAGAUUUGAUGGAUAUUACAUAACAAAAGAUGAUUUCAAAGAACCAUUCGUUGCACAAGAGCAAUUUAAUACAAAUUCAAUUGUUUGGUCUCAACUGUUAUGGCAUGAAAGUGAAUUACAAACUUAUAUUAACACUAUAAAAAGAAAUAGAACUAGUUUUUGUUUCAACAAGGUGGAAUUGAUCGCACUUCCUUCAAGUGAUACUUUGAACCAGUUGCAAGAGCUCUUUGUCGGAGUGAGUUCUAUUUAUUUUAUCGAUGCUCGACAUAAUUACUUUAGUACGUGUUUGGAUUUAUUCAGUCGUGAAAAUAUAGAAGAAGUUCAAAUAAAUGUCCUUUUCGACAGUAGUCUUCUUCUAUUCUUGUUAGGAUCAUUACCAAAUUUGAAAUCACUUGUUAUAAAUAAUAUAAUUAGAAGUGAACCUAUGGAAUUCUCCAAUUGUCUGCUUGAAAAGUUUUGUUUAGAUUCAAAUGAAAAUAGCACAUUGGAAGAUGUUAUAUAUGAUUGUAGUGUAAUCAAGAAUUUGUUUGAAUCUUGUGGAUCUAGUCUUGAACUUGUGAAGAUUAACCUGUCAUUCCAAGAAACAAGUUGUUCCACAAUUGACAUAUUUUACAGCUGUGAGAGAGACUGUUUUGAUGCUGAGUUUGAAAUUGAUAGGUUAGUCCAUUGGAUAAACUGUAAUAUAGGUUAUUUUCCAAAGCUUAAGUAUCUCAUGUUGUACAACCGCCUACUUCUAAUAGACAGAAAAUCUCGACCAUAUAGAUGUAUUACAAUUGAACACAGAAGAUCAAGAUUAAUGAUGAAUCCAUUAAUUGCUCCCAUUGGCAGAAUAUUUUUCUGA